AUGAGAAAUGGAACUUGUGGUGGCGUAGCAGUGCCUUUCCAGCAACCUGCUAUAAGGCUCUGGAUGACUGGCAGCCCGCCUUGCUUCCAUCUCCCGUUAGAAUAUGCCAAGCUGGUGUCAGAGUGCUCCAGACUGAGACGCAGUGAUGAAGGCGCCAAUGUCGUUUGGAUACAUAAGCCAGUCGCGCAAAGUCAGGGCCGGGGGAUAUUCUUGUUCAGAAGCAUAUGCGAACUUCGAUGUGGUACACCAGCUGUAGUGCAGCGUUAUAUAGAGCGGCCACUUCUCAUUGCGGGUUACAAGUUUGAUCUUAGAUUGUAUGUCUGUGUUCCCGGUUACAGGCCGCUGACAGCCUAUAUGUACGCUGAGGGUUUAGCUAGAUUUGGUACCGACAAGUAUACACUGUCAGAUAUACACAACCCGUACAGACAUUUAACGAAUUCGUCUUUAAAUAAGACUGGACCAAGAUACGCUGAAUGCAAGGAUCGAAUUGGAAGCGGCUGUAAAUGGACGUUGAAGCAAGUCCGUCGAGCUUUAAUCGGCAGAUGGGGUGCUGUCGAGUGGCUGGUGUGGCAAAAAAUAAGAGCUCUCGUAACGUUAACCCUACUGGCGCAAGCUGCUGGCACGCCGCCGACUAGAAACUGCUUCGAAUUCUACGGAUUUGAUGUUUUACUUGAUGACUCUUUGAAGCCUUGGUUAAUAGAGGCAAGUGUGAAUCUAUCGCCAGCUCUAGCAGCAGACUGCGAAGCUGAUGUCACAGUAAAGCAGCCGAUGCUGCACGAGUUGUUUGACUUGUUGGGUCUACCUAUGCGGCACACUGGCUUGUCUUAUCUGCAGAGACCGCUGACACCAAACAUUAUAAGUUCAGAAGAUGAAAGCGGUACAUCGACCGUGGGUAACCGUUCAAUGUCGGGCCACAAACGCGGCGGGAAACAUCAGCGACGUCGGAGGGCCAUGCCUCUGCAUUGCGUUACACUGCAACCACCUAUGGCCGAUAAAUACAACGAUGUUUCCGCCGUUUCUCUGAGUCAACUGCACACAUACAAAUCAUCAACCGAUAUUGUUACUGAUAGAUUAGAAAGUCAGUCAGCAACAAGCUUAGCAUCAGAACCAGUAGAUGAAACAUGGCGAGGUGGAUAUGCAACAGCUGCGUCCCGACGUCGCAUGAUGAACGCUUGUAUGUGGGGCAACGGGGUCAGAUGGGAUAAAGGUGUGAACCGCGUGGGGCAGUGGGUCCGAAUAUAUCCACACACUCUGCCCAAUGACGAUCAGUUACCAUUCGAGGACGUGAGAGAGAGCGUCGCGCACGUGUCGAAGCUCAUGCGUGCUGCACGAGAGGUGACUCGCGAGUGCGGUCGCGACGCACAGUCACGUGACGCAACGCGUGACGCACUUUUCGAGGCCACACUGCGUAAGAAGCUCGCGUAUGGACCACACUUCGAAGUGUGGCUGCCGCCAUUUUAA